UCCGCCCGCUCUCUGUCUGUCAGUGUGAGCUGUGAGCUCUGUGUGUGUGUGUGUGUGUAUGAGAGAGAGAGGUUGUGGUGGUGUGUGUGCUGUGUUAUAUAAGGAUAUAUUUAGUGCUUUUCUAACUGGUGAAGAGGAAUAAAGGGAAUAACACACAAUGGGGGCUUCUUUGCCGGCGCCAGGGCAGGACAGCCCUGGCCGGCAGGCUGAGUGUUAGCCAUGCUGCGGCCGCAGGAACCCACAUCCAGUACCCUGCAUCUGGUGGCCACAGACAUGACCGAGAUCAUGGAGAACCUAGACACACGCGAGCUGGACAUUGGAGACGGAGAGGAGGUGUUUGAUGGACAGGAUGCUAAUAACUCGGAUUCCCGUAUCCGUUUCUCCGCUGUUUAUCAGACAACAGGCUUCAAAGAGCCGGGCGCUCGAGUUUUCCUCACAUCUUUUCCCAUCACUGCCAAAAUUCUGGAGGUGGAGCGUUUCGCCUCUGCACAGGAUCGCUUCAACAUCACCAACCAGAGGAGUGUCUCUAAGAUGCUCCCUGCAGUCUUCAGGAUCGAGCUGAGACAUGGGAACUUCACCUGGAUUGUGAAAAGGAAGGAGAAGCACUUCAUGGAGCUGCACAGAGAGUUACGGACCUACAAGACCUUACUGCGGAUUCCUCUGCCCUCCCGCACCCACACAGAGCGGAGGCAGACAGUGAGACACACGCGUCAGAUGCCCACUCUGCCGCGAGGAGGAGGGGAUGAACUGGUCAGGGAGGAGCAAGUGUCCAGCCGGAGGAAACAACUGGAAGAUUACUUGAAUAAGCUGCUAAAAAUGCCAAUGUACAGGAACUACCAUGCCACUAUGGAGUUUAUUGAUGUGAGUCAGCUGUCCUUCAUUCAUGACUUGGGACCAAAAGGCUUGGAGGGCAUGGUUUACAAAAGGUCAGGGGGUCACCGUAUUCCUGGACUCAACUGCUGCGGCCACAGCAAAAUAUGCUACCGCUGGUCGAAAAGGUGGCUGGUGGUAAAGGACUCCUUCCUCCUUUACAUGAAGCCCGACUCAGGGUCCAUCUCGUUUGUCCUUCUGGUGGACAAAGAGUUCUGCAUCAAAAUGGACUCUAAAGACACUGAGACCAAGCAUGGCAUUCGUGUUGACAGCUUGUCCAGGAACCUGGUUCUGAAGUUCUCCAGUUAUCGCCAUGCCCGUUGGUGGGGCCAGGCCCUCGAUGAGUUUGUGCGCAAACACGGCAGUGCCUUCCUCCAGGACCACCGAUUUGGCUCCUUUGCCAAACAAGCGGAAAACAUCCCUGCCAAAUGGUAUGUGAAUGGUAAAACAUAUAUGGAAGAUGUGGCAAAUGCUCUGGAGGAAGCUGAGGAAGAAAUCUUCAUCACUGAUUGGUGGUUGAGCCCUGAAAUCUUUCUCAAGAGACCCGUUGUUGAAGGCAACCGCUGGCGUCUUGACUGCAUCCUGAAACGCAAAGCACAAAAAGGAGUACGGAUAUUUGUGAUGCUGUAUAAGGAAGUGGAACUGGCCCUCGGGAUUAACAGUGAAUACAGUAAGAGGACACUGUUGCAGCUCCACCCCAACAUCAAGGUAAUGAGACAUCCUGACCAUGUGUCAUCCUCCGUCUACCUGUGGGCUCAUCAUGAGAAGAUUGUGGUUAUUGACCAAUCAGUGGCCUUCGUGGGAGGCAUUGACCUGGCGUAUGGGCGCUGGGACGAUAGAGAGCAUCGGCUGACUGAUGUUGGGAGUGUGACCAGAACUCUAAACACUUCAGCAGAGAAUGUGGGGGAGGCAUCCCUAAACAUGGCUGCACCCUCAAACGGCCCAGCUCCAGCUCAUAGCAAUGGUAAAGCAAUAGGAACAGACACUGUGGAGCUUCCCAAGUUGAAGGGCUAUGGCAAGACCAGGAGAAAUCGCUUCAGUAUCCGCAAACACCUGCAGAAGCAUGGCCUGGCACCUGCGGAUAGCGUCAGCAGCAUAGACAGCUCAGAGGAAAAGGCAGAAACAGCACAGGAUCUGCAGGCUGAUGUCAUUGGCCUGAUGGGAAAUACACGGUUCUGGCACGGCAAAGACUACUGCAACUUUGUCCACAAGGACUGGAUUCAGCUCGACAAACCAUUUGAUGACUUCAUCGACAGGCACAUAACUCCCAGAAUGCCUUGGCAUGACAUUGCCUCCGUGCUUCAUGGGAAGGCUGCCAGAGACGUCGCACGGCACUUCAUUCAGCGCUGGAAUUUUACCAAGAUCAUGAAACCGAAGUACAGGUCCCUCUCAUACCCAUACCUCCUCCCAAAGUCCCUGUCUUCUGCUAAUGAGAUCAAACACCAGGUUCCAGGCUGCAUCCCCACUAAAGUUCAGGUGUUGCGUUCUGCAGCAGACUGGUCAGCUGGUAUAAAGUUUCACGAGGAGUCUAUUCACAAUGCAUACAUCCAUGUGAUUGAAAACAGCAAACACUACAUCUACAUAGAGAACCAGUUCUUUAUAAGCUGUGCUGACAACAAGGUUGUCCACAACAAGAUUGGUGACGCCAUCAUCCAGAGGAUCAUCAAAGCACACAGGGAGAGCAAGAAGUACCGCGUGUAUGUAGUCACUCCGCUCCUUCCUGGCUUCGAGGGAGACAUCAACACAGGAGGAGGGAGUGCCCUCCAGGCUGUCAUGCACUUCAACUACAGAACAAUGGUUCGAGGAGAAUAUUCCAUCAUAUCCCAGCUGAAGAAAGAGAUGGGAGAUCAGUGGAUGAAUUACAUCUCGUUUGGAGGCCUGAGGACUCAUGCGGAGUUGGAGGGGAAGCUGGUCACAGAGCUGAUUUAUGUCCACAGCAAAAUGCUUAUUGCAGACGACAGUACUGUCAUCAUUGGCUCGGCCAACAUCAAUGACCGCAGUAUGCUGGGGAAGAGGGACAGUGAGGUGGCAGUCAUCUUUGAGGAUACAGAGACUGAAAAGUCCAUAAUGGACGGACAGGAGUACCAGGCAGGGCGGUUUGGCCUUAACCUCCGUCUGGAAUGCUUCAGGAUGAUUUUGGGAGCUAACACAGAUCCUAGCAUAGAUGUCACCGACCCCAUCAGUGACCAGUUCUACAAGGAGGUGUGGAUGACCACUGCUGCUCGGAAUGCGUCCAUCUACCAAAAGGUGUUUCGUUGCUUGCCCUCCAGCGAUGUGCGGACCAUCCUGGAGCUGGAGGGCUACCUGGCCAAGCCGGGUCUGGAUAAGGAAGAUCCCGCCCGGGCUCAGGACGAGCUGAAGAAGAUCCGAGGCUUUCUAGUCCAGUUUCCUCUCUAUUUCCUCAGCGAGCAGAACCUCCUGCCACCCAUCGGCUCCAAGGAAGCCAUGGUGCCCAUGGACGUGUGGACCUGAGCAGAAUGUGUGUUCCUGUGGGUCCAGGAAUCUCCACAGCACAGUGUUUAUCAGCCCAGAACACUGUCCACGAGCAACUGCUCUCAGAGUGGGAUUUACUACAGAAGUGAGAAACCAAAGGACAAUGGAAUCAAGACAAUAGAGUCUUGACUACUAAUCAGUACUAAUCACUUGGCACUGAUGAUACUAGCCAGACUGAUUUGUGUCGUCCCCUGUGUGAACGUGAUUAAUAUUCCCCUUACGGUUUAAUAUUGUCUCUAACACUAUGCAAACUGAAGGACAUGACACUGCUUUUACACCUGCUGUAUGUGAUCUGAGAACGGCAUACACUCACAAUAUAAAUAUGAUUCUUAAGGGAGAUUGAGAUUCAAUGCAUUAUAAAAAAUUCAAAUUGGCCCAUCAUUUUUUUUCAUGAUUUUAUCCAUUUAAAUGGUAGUUAAAAAUAGACAAGGAAUGCAACAAAUAAAACUUAUUUUUGUAAAUUUUAAACUUUAUAUGUGGGCCAAAACAACGAAUACCUAAUUUAUUACUAUGUUCAUUCAUGACUGAUUAUAACAUUCCAAAGUUAAUAGAGUUUAAAAAAAUAUACACAAUAAUACUGUAUAUAAGCAUGGAUGUUAUGGUUCCAUUCCCUUCCAUUCUAUAGAAUUGAAGUGCCGCUACUAAAAAUGUCUGCCAUAUUAUUGAAUUUCCAGCCAGAGACCAUGCAGUAGUCUGUACUAGAGCUUAGAUCAGGCCCAAAAUAUCCGGCCUGACCCGCCCCGAGCCCGAGCAUGUGAUGCCCUAGCCCGACCCGACCCAUAAACUGUCCUUUUGAGCCCGAGCUUGAAUUAAACCGGUCAUUUGUUUAGUAAGUAGCUUUUAAAAAACAUUUCCGGGCUGUUUGAAUAAGCGAAAUCUGUUCAGGACGAUUUUAUUAAUUAACAUUAAAACACCAAAGAAGUGUUGCUUUUAUUUAAGAAAAAUGUUUAUUAAGGACAGAUCUCCAAAAGAUUAAAACAUGAACAACGUGAACAAUGAUCCACAGGCCUAAACAUCGGUAAAUUAGGCUACAAGAAUGAUGUCUGAAUGACUUUCCUCUAAUUUUUUUAUAUUAAGCUUAAAGUCUAUGUGCAAAAACACAAAAAACAGUAAUAAGGCUAUGCACUGCACUGCCACAAGUGGAGUGUGCACUGCACACUUGUGCAACUUUUUGUUCCUUUUACCCUUUUGAUUUUGAUUAUCAUGCCGUAGCUUUGUAUAAAAUAAAAAUAUUAUUAAUAAAACCUGACUCCUGACUCCAACCUGACUCGGCCCGAGUUUGGGUCGGGCCUCGGGUCAGUUUGGGUUCGGGCAGAGAAUCUAAGCUCUAAUGUGUACAGUAGUGACCAGAGGUGAACCCAGACUUGCCUACUUAUUUGGUAGACCUGCCUCUUUCAAACAAAACAAGCAUCUCGUUAUGAAUCGAUUUCCAUUUCCAUGCGACAAACCGAAACUACUACUAUCCAGUUUAUCCCCCAGGCUAAAGUGCUGACAGAAGCCAAGAACAAAUACCAGCACAUCUAACUACACUAACAUUAGCUGUCUAGUUUAUGACUAAUUAGAUCACAUUGCCAAUUUUACACUUACAUCAGACUUACCGGAAUACUAAGCAUGUAAUAAGAAAGAAGUGUCUGUAAAUGAGUCGACAGCACAUCACAUGAUCAAUAAUAGUAUUAUUAAAUAACCAACUUCCUGACAGCUUGACUACAACUCCUCAUGCUACUCAUGCAAUGAAUAGAAUAGUCCUGCAUGCAGUCUGACCCUGUCAAGGAUUUCAGUCACUUUAUUUUUAACACAUAGUGAUGGGCAGAGAAACACAUCACACCACAACCAGCCAGCAGAGGCGCUAGACCUGAGGUGUCUUCACUUUUUCGAGAGGCGCUGUGCUGUCCAUGCUUAUAUACAGUCAUUGUUUUUAAUUCAGAUGCAUUUCUACACCCCUUUUGUACACACUGAUUAGAACCAUUUUUAACGUCAAGGCACCUUCAGACAUUCCAUGAAACGCUGCAGUGUGUAGAACCGUGCGAGUUGUCGUGAAGUGGUUUCUAUUGCAUGCCUUUUCUUCAGCUCAACAGUGCUGUGGCCUCUAAUGCAUUAAACACAAAUGUAUUUUUUAUUUUGCAUCAAAGUGCCAAUUGUUAGCAUCCAGUAUAUGCAGUACGUUGGUUGUAACACUGCUUUUAUAAAUGGGGUCCUUGUAUUUUGCCUUGUAUUUAUUACCUUAAGGACGAAUACUGUGCAGGGCACACAGUGUAGGCCAGCUACUUAAAUGCACAGUUUACUAAACCCUGUCCAUAAGACAGUGACUUUACUCCUUUCACAUUUUCCAUUUCUGCUGGAUCCUAAACACCCUGGAUAUUUUAAAGCCAUCAAAAUUAAGGAGUUCUCUUUGGAACGCAGACUGUUGAAGUGCCUCGGGGAAGGAUUUGCGGGGAACAGCGUUAACCGUGCUCACAGCCUCACAGCGACAGUGCGAGGAUCAACAAGUGCCGUGUUCUCACACUUUUUAGGUGGUGGACUUUGCCUUCUAACUAUCACUAAGUCCGUCUGAGCAGAUAAAUGAUUUGUGCAAUGAAAGAACAAUGUUAAUACAGCGGUUUGAAUGUUGCUUUUUAAAGCCUGUGUUUGUGUUUUCUUGUAAAAAGCAGAAAUUACUUCUGAUCGCUGCUAAGAGGGCAAUCCGAGCAGCAUGAUGAUGACUAUUCACUGAUCUUUCUGUACGCUCUUUCUUUCCUCUCUCUUAUGUUUUUUGCACCAUCAAAUGAGUUGUCAAAAGCAGCAAUGAGCUUUAUUGACAAUGUACACAGGCACUUUAUAUGCAUUCAUGUAAUUAAACAUUAAACAUGUGAUCAUCAAAACUA